AUGGGGUACUACGUGGGCCACCGACUUGAGGGGGUCAUGAAAAGCGGACGAUCCUUCAGCUUCGACACGGUAGGGAUGACUCCAGGAGCAAACGAGGAGGCUUACAUCGUGGACGGUCUUGAACGAUACACCCGCUAUAUCUUUGUCCUCCAAGCUUUCAACGCCAAGGGUCCCGGUCCUUUGUCCACCGAGGUGUCCGCCACAACCUUGGAGGACGUACCCGAGGCGCCACCUGGGGACGUGACCUGCGUGGCUCUUACCUCCACGCGUCUGGAGGUGUCCUGGUCCCCGCCCCCUACUGAGCUGAGCCACGGCCGCAUCACCUCCUACACCCUCACUUACACGCCCAUGGACGACCACACAGGUCUUCCCGCCGGCGAGUCUCGGGUUGUGAACGAGCCGAGUGCCACCAUUGGGGACCUGGAGAGGCACACAAACUACUCAGUGAGUGUUGCCGCCGCCACCAGUGCUGGGGUUGGCGCUGCCUCCCGCCCCAUCAACUGUGCCACCGAGGAGGAUGUGCCGCAAGCCCCGUCCAGCAUCAAGGCGGUGGUGGGCGGCCCCAGCAGUAUCGUGGUGGCGUGGUCGUUGCCCGGCAGGACCCACGGUGUCAUCACCAAGUACCUGCUGUAUAUACGAGCACCAUCUGAAAGGGACCCCAUCAGGAGGAUAUUACCUCCUCAGAACCGCUGGCUUGAGGUGACGGACCUGGAACCGAGGCUGCGAUACGAGUUCUGGGUCGCGGCGGCCACUAGAGUCGGGGAAGGACCCGCCUCGCCCGUGGUGUCCGCGACGCCUACAGAUACAGUGGGAGCAGGAAUACACAGCGUGGGAGGGGACGUGAGGGCCGCCAAAGGGACGGAUGUGAUAUUGGCGUGUCCCCACGUGGGUGAACCUGAGCCCACCAUCACCUGGCGCCGCAAUAACGUUCCCGUCACCAGGGAGACCAGGUACGAGCUGCAGCCUGACGGGGGUCUGCUGCUGCGGGACUGUCAACGAGCUGACUCCGGGAACUAUACCUGCCACGCCUCCAACAGACACGGCUCAGACCACGUGCUCUACACCCUCGCAGUGAUAGUCCCCCCCGGCGCGGCGCUCCUCCACUCCCUGGGCUCCACGUCCACCACGGUGACGGUGUCGUGGCGCUCCAUGGAUGACGGCGGCGCCCCCAUCAGGAAGCUGACCCUCACGUGGCGCUCAGACCCGGGCGAGUGGCGGGAGGUGACCCUUGCGCGGCACCUCACACAGUACACCUUGCGGGACCUCACCUGUGGCACUGUGUAUCACCUGUACCUCACGGCUCAUAACAAGAUAGGUGAGCCAAUGGCGAGGUGGUCCAGUAUCUAG